CGACGUUAGACAGUUUCAAUUAAACACUCAUUAAGUCCGCACGUUUCAACAUUUAGUACGCAUCGUAUUAAUCGCUCAAUAUGAAGCUGUUCUUGCUGCUUUGUGUGCUUGGCAUUCACAGCUUAUCACUCGUUCAAGGCGAGACCAAGCUCGUGUGUUACUAUGACUCGAGCUCGUUUUUGCGUCAGGGUCUGGCCAAACUUGAUGUCGCCAAUCUGGAGGUCGCCCUGCAGUUUUGUACCCAUUUGGUCUACGGAUAUGCUGGCAUAAAUCGAGAAACCUUUGAGCUGCAGAGCUUGAAUGUCGACAUCGAUAUGUUCCAUUAUGGAGAUAUUACGAAAUUGCGCGCUAGAUUCCCCCGUCUGAAGAUCCUUUUGAGUGUCGGCGGUGAUCAUGACUUCGAUGCAUCCGAGUCGAACAAAUAUCUUAAUCUGCUCGAGGCAAAUGCCACUACGCAACAAAAUUUCAUCGAUAGCAGCAUGAUCUUAUUGCGUAGCAAUAAAUUCGAUGGCUUGGACUUGGCCUUCCAGUUGCCCAAGAAUAAGCCACGCAAAGUUCACGGCACUCUUGGCACUUACUGGAAGAGUUUCAAGAAACUAUUCACCGGCAAUUUCAUUGUCGAUAUCAAUGCUGAGGUGCACAAGGAACAGUACACGGAACUUGUUUCGAAGCUGAGCAGAGCAUUAAAAAGCGUGGAUCUAUCGCUGACCAUGACUGUUUUGCCCAACGUCAACUCAACCUGGUAUUUCGAUGUGCCCAAGAUUGUCAAUCAUUUCGACUUUAUUAACCUGGCUGCCUUCGAUUUCCUGACUCCGCUGCGCAAUCCGGAAGAAGCUGACUACAGUGCUCCGAUUUUCUUCUUGGACGAGCACAAUCGUCUGCCCCAUUUGAAUGUCGAAUACCAGUUGAACUAUUGGCUACAAAAUCAUUGCCCAGCCAAUAAACUCAACUUAGGCAUUGCCACCUACGGCCGCGCCUGGAAAUUGUCCACAGACUCCGGUGUAAGUGGAGCGCCAGUGGUUCCUAGCACUCAGGGCGCAGCGCCUGGUGGACUGCAAAUUGCCAGCACUGAAGGAUUGCUGAGUUGGCCAGAAAUCUGCUCGAAAAUCUCGCAGAAUGCCACAGCUGCCUAUCGUGGACAUAAUGCCCCAAUACGCAAGACCACCGAUCUCACAGAGAAGUAUGGCAACUACGCAUUCCGCCCGGCUGAUGAGGAUGGCGAGCACGGAGUCUGGGUGAGCUACGAUGAUCCUGACUUUGCAGCCAUCAAGGCUAACUACGCUAAGGGCAGAGGUCUGGGCGGUGUUGCUUUGUUCGAUCUGAGCUACGACGACUUCCGUGGACUUUGCACGGGAAACAAAUUCCCCAUACUUCGUUCCAUUAAAUCUUUAGCAAAGCUUACCAAUGCGCUCUUACAGAUACCUCUGAUCAAUUGCACUCAUUUGGUUUAUGGCUAUGUGGGAAUACGAGGAGACAACUAUGAAGUGAAGAUUCUAAAUGAAGAUUUUGACAUAAAACAAAAUCAAUUUGGCAAUGUUACGUCAUUUAAAAGCAAAUAUCCGCACUUGAAAAUUUUAUUGAGUGUAGGCGGAGAUCGUGACAUCGAUGAAGCGUAUCCAAAUAAAUACAUGGAACUACUUGAUGGAGGAUUAGAGAAGCAGAUACAAUUUAUCGAGUCAGCGUACGCGCUUGUUAAAAAGUACGGAUUCGAUGGUCUUGACUUAGCUUAUCAGUUUCCACGGAGCAUGCCCGCAAAUAUUUUGCAACGCAAGGAACAAUUUAAUGAUUUUAUUGAAUAUUUAGCGCGUUUAAGAUUCAGAACUAAUGGAUUACUGUUAACUCUAACUAUGCUACCAAGAGUGAACCCCAAAUGGUAUAUACACGCCAUUGGAAUUGAUAGUAAUCUUGACUUUGUAAGUUUGGGCACUUAUGACUUCUUCACACCCACACAAAAUCCCCACGAAGCGGACUACACAGCACCUCUUUAUCACAAUUCCACUCAGAAUAGAGAGAAAUCCAUGAAUGUCGACUACCAGGUGCACUAUUGGGAAAGCCGGCCUUUUAGUCAUCGUAAUUUAAACAUGGGAAUUGGUAUUUAUGGAAACGCUUGGGCAACAACUCACAAAUCUGGUGCAACUGGCGAUCCCAUCGUACAAUAUACGAAUGGUCCUGCCCAAGGAGAUUUGUUUUCCCGCAAAGAUGGUGUUGUUAGCUAUUCCGAAAUAUGCAAUAUACUCCAUCAAGGUUAUGGUAACAAUUAUUACAAUUCAUCACUUGCCGCUAGCAUUGUAUACAAUCAAACACUUGACGCUGAACACGAAGGAUUCUGGUUAACCUACGAUAAUUUAGUUACUCUUGCUAACAAAGCGAGAUAUGCGAGAAGAUACAUUGGCGGUGUGGCUAUAUUCGACCUUGGAUUUGAUGACUUUCAAGGGUACUGCAAUGAAAAAAAGUUUUUAAUAUUAAAUCACAUACGAUCAUAUUUGUUACAUCCUGAGCAACCGGAUCCCAAACUUGACCUACAUCAGCUGCCCCGACCCAAACCGCGACUUUCUCUUUUAACCACAUUGUAAAGAGCUCUUAUCAAU